UUUUCACGAUUACAAGUGUUGUUUGAUGCAAUAGUUUGGUCGGAUGAGCUAUUUCCAUUACGGGGACUCUUGAAUAUUUAAGUACAUUGCAUUGCGUAUAUUUAUAGUUUUCAAUUUCAUUUCACCAAACGUCGGCAUUGCAAGCGGUAUACGUGAAACGUUUUACUUGUUUUUUUUUUUAACAUCGCAGGACUAAAAUUCAAUAAAAUGGGCGUUGAAUCCUUACAACAGCCAAUAUAUGAAAGAAUUCCAGAACCAAUACGGUUUACAAAAAGCUGCCUAGAUAAACUGAAUAUAGAUGUCAGCACUUUUGAUAAGUUUUGUCAAUUCCUCGGAGAAUUCAUUGGAACCGGUAUGCUCGUAUUCCUAGGCUGCACGGGUUGUGUAUAUAACGAAAGCUUGGUGAACAGUCCUUUUCAAUCCUCUUUCACUGUCGGUUUGGUUGUCAUGAUGAUUGUACAUUGCUUCGGUUGCGUAUGUGGCGCCCACUUGAAUCCAGCCAUUACACUGGCUGUUUAUAUUUACGAUAUGAUAUCGCUUACAAUGGCAGGCGUUUAUUUUUUGGGACAAAUACUUGGCGCCUUUCUCGGUUAUGGUCUUAUGAAAGCACUAAUACCGGACAGUGCUAUAGCGUUGGGUGGAGCGGCGCAUGGUGUUUGUGUUGCUACGCCUCAUCCGGACAUUACCGCAAUGCAAGCUUUUGGGAUCGAAUUUAUCGUUACCGCUAUGUUGAUUUUCACUACCUGCAGUGCGGCGGAUUCAAGAAAUCUUCCAUUUCAAGACUCACUGCCAAUACGUUUUGGUUUAACAGUUACUUGUUUGGGACUUUCGGUGGGUCAAUUGACCGGUGCAAUGAUGAAUCCCGUUAAAGCUGCCGCUUCAGCCGUAUGGACGAACGAUUAUCAGGACCACUGGGUGUACUGGGUGGCACCAAUGUCCAGUGCGGCAGUUAGUGCCACAUUUUACAAAGUGAUUUUCAAGCGUGAUAUGGUCGUAAGAGAGUUGAAUGAGAAGAGCUGACGUGCAGGAUCUUAACUAAUUGCAAAUAGAAGUGAUUUUGAAAAUCGAGAAAACAGUGGUCUACAAGUACUCUUCCAUGCAACGCUUUAGUUCCUUUACCAUUUGCCAUAUCAUUAUGCCAAGCAUGAAUUAAUUUGUAUAAUUCUAUCAUAAGUCAUCAUUUCUUAUUUUAC